GUGCUGGAGCAAGAUGUGGUUCUCCAGUCUAUUGACCGUGCCAUUGAGGCUGUGCACAACGCAGCCAUGAAGAAUGGGGGAAAGUACAACCUGGAGCAGAGAGAUGUCCUCCAAAAGCUGAUCCACCACCGGAAGGAGACCGUGUCCCGCAAAAGCCACUCGCCCACCCCUCAGGGCAUGGUGAUGACGCAGUCCUCCAGCGACCACCACCUGGACGUGGGGCGGCAGCCCAACGGGGUGUGCAGGACAGGCUACGAGCGGCACCACAGCCUUCCAAACACCGAGUUUGAGGAGGAGGAUGAAGGUCUCUACCAG